CUCCUUUACAACUCCGCUCCACUUUAGAGAACUCCUCUUUAUAUAACCUACCCAUCUUCGUUCAACACAGUUGUCUCUCUUUAACGUCUCUCAGAACUUCCCCACGUAGUCUAUGUUGUGUUUCUUAAUAUCUGUAUUAAGACAUCAACAGAGAAAGUUCUUUCCUCUUCUUUCGAUGGAUCUUCUUAAUGUUCCGGAUGUUGCAGUCUCCAUUCCACUGUUGUCUGCAACAAUAACAAGCGGUAGCUGCAGCAGCAGCAGCAGCCUCGGCAGCGAAACCGACGAAAGCCCUGCGAGUUCGCGCCGGUUCGAGCUCCUGGACGCGAAAUAUCAGCUACCUUGCUCCCCCUUUUCGGGGUUUCAGUCGCACAAGCCGUUGGCAGUUUUGUCUGGCCACAUGGGUUCAGUUUCUUGCUUGGCCUUGUGUGGGGAGUUCAUCUUGAGUGCCUCCCAAGGGAAGGACAUCAUAGUGUGGCAACAGCCUGAUCUGAAGCUAUUCACGAAGUUCGGCCAAGGGGAUGGCUCUGUGAAAGCCCUUGUGACUGUGGGCAACAAGGUGUUCACGGCACAUCAAGAUAGCAGAAUCAGAGUUUGGAAGGUCUCGAGGAGAUCGGAGAAUAUUUUCAGGCUUGUCGAUACGCUUCCCACCACGAAGGACUACUUGGGGAAGUUCAUGAAGCAGAGCAACUAUGUGCAGACAAGAAGGCAUCACAAGAGGCUGUGGAUUGAGCAUGCAGAUAGCAUCUCUUGCUUGGCCGUGCAUCAUGACUUCAUCUAUUCCGGGUCUUGGGACAAGACCCUCAAGGUGUGGAGGAUAUCGGAUCUGAAGUGCUUGGAGUCCAUAAAGGCACAUGAUGAUGCUAUCAAUGGGCUGGCGGCGUGCAAAGGGAUUGUGUAUUCAGCUUCUGCAGAUGGGAGAAUUAAAGCUUGGGGCAAGGAGGGAACAAAGAGCUCACAUUCCUUGAAGGGCAUUUUGGAAGGCCACAAGGAUGUUUCUCUGAAUUCGGUGAUUGUUUCGGAGGAUGGGAAGUGGGUUUAUGGAGGAGGGUCAGAUGGGUUUGUUAUGGGGUGGGAGGGAAGUAGUAAUUUUGCGAGCUGGAAGCUGGUGUGCGAGAAAAAGGCCCAUCAGAUGGCUGUUUUGUGUAUGUGCUUGAUGGGAGAGUACUUGUGCAGUGGCUCUGCUGAUAAAAGCAUAUCCAUAUGGAAGAGAGAGGCCUUUGGUCAGAUUUGUAAGGUUGGCCUGAUCAGUGGCCAUGAAGGGCCAGUAAAGUGUGUGCAAGCAUCACCUCUCAGAGUUGGUGAAGGAUUCAUGCUCUAUAGUGGUGGUCUUGACAAAAGUUUGAGGGUAUGGUGGGUUCCCAAGUACUCGGCCCAGAAAGAGGACACAGCUUCAACACCAGUGAAUACAGAGAAAAGCUCUAUUUUGUGUUAGAAAAACUUUCAGAUUUCUGCAAGUUAUGAGGCACUGCUGCUGCCUUUUUCAUUGCCUGCAGUGCUUCAAUUUAGUUUUGAGACGUGUCCAUAGUUCUUUGAAGGAUGAAGAAGAGUCGCGAUUCAUUUUGUCGAGAGUCUGAAGCUGGGUCUUGGAGGUCUUGAGUUAUUUUUUUCCCUUGUGCAACAGUUAAUGAUAGAUAGGGUUCAAGAAGAUACAGUUUUUGCUAUUCGUUUUUGUUUUCUCUCUUUGUUUGGGACAAAGUUUAGGACAUACCAGUGAAGUGUGGAUUGUUUGUUGUUUCUCGUUUCAGGUGUCACAGAAUUCUGAAAUACUCUGUAUAUGAAACCGGUUUGUUUUGAGGAUUUGUUCAAAUUAUGAAUAACAUCCUUUCUUUGGUUACA